GGGUCGCAGAAUUUUACGCGGACGUAUUGGAAGAGACAUAAAAAGUGCACUCCUGUUAUGAAAAAACAAGAUUUGAUUAGUUCACUUCUAUCUUCAUACAAGGACAAUAUCUGCUCCAACCUCCUGAGUUUGAUUUUACUAAAAACUGCAGUCUGUGUUCGAGUAACUGCAUCAGCUGAGUCUCUUAUUUGGCGAGCUGAGCGGCUAUUCUUCUUGAAUGGGGAGCAGGACUUAUCGUCAUUUUUACUUGUUGAUUUAGGAAUUAUUAAGUAUCCAACUUACAACUGUAUAUUGUCAGACCAUAUUUUUAGACAUAGAAACGAACUGCUUUCUUAUGAGGAGGCAAUUGAGGUUGCACAAAUUAUGGAUGAAUCUCUGGAUUUAAAUAAUUCUGAGUUGGUUUCAAGGUGCAUAGAGGUUUCUGACCACCGCAUCUUCAAUCCUGUACAAGCAGUCCAAUCAUCAACUGCUGGAUCAAUAGAUACAUUUUUGUCAUGUUUUUCAGCUUCAUGGGUCUACUCUAAGGUGGUCUUGUUAGGUGUUUCAUUCCUUGAGCGUGAGCUGAGGUAUAUUGAAGCUAUCAAGCUACUAAAGCGCCUUCUGGUUAAUUUCAUUUCUGACAGAAGAAGGGGAUACUGGACACUGAGGCUAUCAGUUGACCUGGAACAUGUGGGACGUAUAAAUGAGAGUCUUCAAGUUGCUGAGGAUGGGUUACUUGAUCCCUGGGUUCGUGCUGGUUCAAGAUUGGCCUUACAAAGGCGGGUUCUACGACUGGGAAGGCCACCUAGGCGCUGGAGAACUCCUAGUUAUUCACAAUCUGUUAAAAGGAAGAUAACUGAGGUUCAUAUUCAAGGUAGACCAUUAAACAGUAAGACAGGAAUGAGGAGUAUAUUUUAUGGUGAAGAUGGAGAGCAAUGUGGAGUGGAAGAACUUGCUUUGCAGUAUUACGCUGGAGAAGGAGGUGCAUAUGGUGUCCAUACAGAGAGUGGCAUUUGGUUGACUAUUUUUGGGCUUUUGAUGUGGGAUAUUAUGUUUGCUGAUGUGCCAAAUGCCUUUUGCACCAAGUUUCAGACAGCUCCCUUAGAUCUGGAGACAGAUAGCUUUUAUGCAGCCAGAAAGAGCCUUAUAGAGGGACUUCUGGGAAAGAUUAAUGAUGGCAUGGCAGAAGAAAUUCUUAUCACGUCAUGGGAGUUACAUGCAGGAACAGCCUGCAGGGGAGUGAACUGGGAAAAGCAUUCCUUGGCUGAGCUUCGUGCUGCUGUCACAUGCAUUGGGGGUCCUUGUCUUGCAUCAAUUUGCAGGCAUUUGGCUCAAGAUUAUCGGAGCUGGUCGAGUGGAAUGCCUGAUCUCUUGCUUUGGCGUUUUCACGACAAUUAUAAAGGUGAAGCAAAGCUUGUUGAAGUAAAAGGCCCAAGGGACAGACUUUCCGAACAGCAGCGUGCAUGGCUGCUGUUUCUUAUGGACUGCGGCUUCAACGUUGAAGUGUGCAAAGUAACUGCUCCAGUCGUGAAGUAAAAUGUGUUCUUAUCACAGCGUAUUCCAUCAUACAAAAACAUUUGUGCAACAUGUCAUCCUGCUCAGAGAGCUGUACGCCUGUUGAUCUUCAGAGGGAUAUUGCACUUAUCCCACGACUACAGCUGGAGAUGUAAAGAUUUAGUUCAACAUACGAUGAAGGGGUAGGCUCUCUGAACAAAUGCUAAGCCUACUUUUGGAGCUGUGCCUGUAAUUGCUAUGCAAUGUUCAGAGACUUCUUCCCUCUAGGGUUGCUGAGAAGUCAUCCAGUUGUAACGGUAAAAAGUUAUUGCUUCAUCUCUUUUUAUUUUCUUCUUCCCAACCAAUCGUUGUUUUGCUGGUAACUAUUGUUUGACCGGCAUUUCACACAAGUGGUGCUCUUCCACCCUCCCUAUAACUUCUGAAGAAACUUCUCCAGUUUAUUGGAGCCACCUCAAUAAAUUACUACAAAGAUAGAAAGAAAAUGAAUUGUAAUUGUAUUUUCGAUUGUACCUCCAACUUGAAUUGUGUCACAUUGAAGCCAU